AUGACGUAGUAGUGACGAAGUCGUGUAGCAUAUUUCUAGCUAGCCACCACACCAAAGAAUUUUUUUUUUAACUUCAGUUUUCCCACUUUUCGAAAUAAUAGCUGGCAACACUGCUAAAAGUUCUUGUCAUUACUAACUACGUACUAGGACGAUCGCGACGAGAGAGAUGGUAUUGUUAUCAAUAUCAAUGCGUAGUUCAUUAUUUUCGUUUAAUCAGAGCUCUCGAAACGAAUAGGUCACUUUUGCCACUUUAUUUGCCAACUCCAAGUCGCCUUCUGCACCAGUGUGUGUAAAGGCCUGACUUAGGUAACGUGUACCUUAGCUGAACAAAACUAGAUUUUUAUCGUCAAGUGUCUGUGAUUUACUUGUAGAACUAUUCAAAAUGAAGGCUAUCCUGUUAGCAGUCGUAGGCCUCCUGGCCGUCAUCGCCCCAGCAUUCGCCACACAAUGCCACGUAAAUCCGGUGACCAUUCCACGGGAAUGGAUCACGGUCCACCGCUCAUGCCGCGAUAGCAUGCGGAGACAGAUACAGGAGGAGGUCAAAGCUUCACUCCAAUACUUGGCCAUGGGCGCUCACUUCUCCAGGGACAGCAUUAAUCGUCCUGGCUUCGCGAAGUUGUUCUUCGAUGCCGCGUCUGAGGAGCGCGAACAUGCCAUGAAACUUAUUGAGUACCUUCUCAUGAGGGGAGAGUUAACGUCGGAUGUCAGUUCGCUCAUACAGAUCAGGCCUCCAGAACGUAAAUUCUGGGAUAACGGCGUGGAAGCUUUGGAACACGCUCUCAAAAUGGAGACGGAAGUCACAAAGAGUAUCAGAACAGUGAUCAUAAAUUGCGAAAACGACGACAAUUACAAUCAUUACCACCUUGUCGACUACCUAACUGGCGAGUUCCUGGAAGAGCAAUACAAGGGCCAACGCGACCUCGCGGGCAAAGCAUCCACACUCAAGAAGAUGAUGGAUCGCCAUGCCGCUCUCGGAGAAUUCAUGUUCGACAAGAAACUCCUCGGCAUGGACCUUUAAACGGCGCCAUUUCUUCAUUCAGUACAAAAUUAAAUUAAAUAAAGAAUCGAAUUGACAGCUUCGUUUUUUGUCAUUCAGUAAAAAAAUUAAAUUUUAAAAAAUAACAUUGACAGCUAGCUUUGUUUUUUUUUAAAUUGAACAAAAUUAAAAAUAAAUAGUUUGACAGUUGAGAGAUUUGCUUUUUAAAUUGGCAUUAUUGAACGCGCCAUUUUGAAUACAGAUCAAAUACCAUUUUAUAAAUAAGAAUAGAACAUAUUUUCGAUUCCCUUGUCUUAUUUUUUUUAAAUCACUUCGAAGAACGUAGGAUGUUUUUCUAAACUUUCUAAGUCUUUAAAAUUAGUAUUUAAAUUCAAUUUUUUUUUCUCUAUUGCAUGAUAUUGUCAUUGUCAAAUUGGUACAAACUCAAGCAUUGUUAGUUAAGCUAAUUUCGGCGCUAAUAUUAAGAACUACACAUGUUUAAUGUUUAAAAAUCAACAUUUAUGAAAGCCAUUCUUAUUCAUAAAGUUACGUACAAUAUGUAUGUUAGAUAUAGAUUUUCAAGUACGCAGAUACAGUAUAUAAAAAGCUAUUUAUCAGUCAAUUAAUGAAAGUAGUUUCGGUCAUUGUAAUAAAAGGUGUUUAUGCAAUUCAGUAUGUAGUAAAAUCAUUAUUUUAGAUUUUUUGUAAUUGUCUUAUUUUUCAGUAAUAAAGUUUAAUCUUCCA